CAUGUAAUCUUGAAACCAUGGAAACUUAUUUGAUUGAUAAAGCAGUUACAUUUGCUUCAAAAGUGGCAUUAGCCUCAAAUAAUAAUGCCUAUAAUAAUAAAUGAUUACAAAUGGAAACAAACUACAAAUGAUAUCAUGAUCUUUGUUGCACUGAAAGGAGUAUUAGAACGUAAUGCAGAUAUUACUAUUUCAAAACGAUAUAUAAAAGUAAAAUUUGAAAAGUAUUUUUUUGAGGCAAUAUUGUUACAUCCUAUAGAUGCGCACAACAGUCAAUGUAAAAUAACCGAUACGACAGUUAUAUUUGAAUUAAAGAAAAAUGAAAACAUUACAUGGGAAUCGCUCCAACCCGAUAUACCGAAAAAAGAAAAACUGGACUUAAAAAAGCAAUUAUUGGAGGAAGAAUAUGUACGUAUACAAGAACAAGAGAAAGAGAAGAUAAAUAAAAAAGCAGAACUGAAACGGGUGGCAGUCCGGGAACAAAUUGAAUUGGAUUCAAAUGAAAGAGAAAAAAUAGAAGAGAUUAAAAACUGGGAAAAAACAAAUGCAUUAGGAGACAUCGAUCAGUGGUCAGCCGGAAUUGGAGAAAAUUUUAAAAAAAUCAAAAAAGGCAACAAACAAAAUUUAACCAACAGUAACAAACAGAAAACAAUCACUCACCCAUUGAAAACAAUAAAAUCACCGGAAUUUAUUCCACAACCAAGACGUACAAAGACAUUAGAAAUAGAUUUCACUCCACGCGAAUUCCCAACGCCCAGUAGGGAGUCUAAAUUAGACGAAGAAAACGAGUGGUUGAUGAAACAAACCCAAGCACGCAGGUCGGCUGGUUUUAUAAGCGAAGACAUUCGACCGGAAGAAAGGAAUCCUCAGUUCCUUAAGGCCAAAGGGGAUCAGUUCUUAAAAAAUAAGAACUACUUGGGAGCCAUAAGUGCCUACAGCUUUGGCAUUAAAAUAGCUUCAAAGUUUGUCGAUUUACAUAUCGCUAGGUCUGAAGCACAUCUAUUAGUAGGCAAUUUCAAUAAGGCGAUUCAAGAUUGUAGCACUGCUUUAGACCUUUUAAAACCCGAGGUCACACUUAAUCUAAAGGAAAGGGCUUUGUGUAUAGGUCGCAGAGGGGAAGCACUCUGUAAACUUGGAUUCACCAGACCAGGCAUAGAAGAAAUAAAAACUAGUUUAAAAUUAAUGCCGGACGAUCACUUUGCAGAUGUUUUAAAAACGAUAGACAAUUCCAUUUAAGGUUUUAUGUAUUUACUGUAUUCAUUAAUAACAACAUACACA